CGACUAUUACACCCUCCCCAACACUUCCGGUUAUUUUUGGCAUCAUGGCACUCUACAGACACUGUAUUAGCAAAGUGUGUCAUCUGAUUAUUCCUCGUGAGGCAACUAGAAAUCUCAGUUCUACAUCUGUCACAUGUAAACAUUUUUAUACGGAAUGGAAGAAAUCAAGAUUUGGUGGAGAAUGGAGAAUAAAACAAGGAAAAGCAAUGGAUGGUCUCACCUAUGGCCCUCUCACAGAUUUGCCUGAUUACACUUAUCUAGAUGGAAGACCUACACCACUGAGUAAAGGACAGUUAAGGAGACGAGAAAUGAAUAAGGAAAUGGCGAAGAAUGCUAUGAAAAUGUUGAAGGAACUUGAUUUAACCAAAACAGCUUAUAUGGAAAAACAACAAAAAAGAAAAGAAAAGAAACGUCAGUCGAAGAAUCGAGUAGAUAUGAAGCCAAAGGGAAAAAAGAAGUAUAUGAAUCAGGAAUAAUAUUUGUGAAUAAACAUCAGCAGCAAGUACUUGGGGUAAAUUACAAACAGUGUUUGGCCUGCACUGACGACUUUGUCCUGGGUAAUCAUCUGUGAUCAUGAUGUGAUUGUAAUGUUGUCUUGGGCAACUAUUGGUGAUUAUGAUGUCCUUGGUAACCAGUGAUCAUGCUGUUGCUUUAGGUAACCAUUAGCAAUUGUGACAUUGUUCUGAGUAACCUUUGGUAACUGGGAUGUUCUCCCGGGCAACCAUCGAUCAUCAUCAAGUUUGUUCACAUCAUUUUCACUUGUGUGCAUUUAUUAAAAAUCAACAUUUGAACAUUU